AUGACCCUGAGUCUAAUGACUGGCGUUCUUACAGAGAGGGUAGUCUUGCAGAAGGCUUACGUGAAGACGGCAGAAGUGACAUACUUGCAAACUGCACAACGUUCAGACACUGAGAGACAAGAAUUUAAUUAUUUUGGUCAUGAAGCUGGUUGUGAAUGUCAUAAUGAAAGUGAUGAGCAUGGCUUUGACAACUGUUUACAAAAAGACACAUCCUUCUUGGAAUCUGACUGUGAUGAACAGCUGCUUAUUACUGUGGCAUUCAAUCAACAUGUUAAGCUUUACUCCUUAACAUUUCAAGGACCAGAUGAUGGUCAGGAUCCUAAAUACAUAAACAUUUUCAUCAACCUACCCAGAUCUAUGGGUUUUGAGGAGGCAGAAAGGAGUGAGCCAACUCAAGCUCUGGAACUGACAGAAGACGAUAUGAUAGAAGAUGGCAUUGUUCCCCUUCGUUGUGUUAAAUUUCAGAAUGUUAAGAGUGUAACUUUAAUUGUUCAGUCUAGUCAAGGUGAAGAAAAGACAAUGAGAAUUUCAUAUUUUAUUUUCAUUGGUACUCCAGUCCAGGCGACAAAUAUGAAUGACUUCAAACAAGUAGUUGGCAAAAGAAAAAAAAAUGGAGAAAGCCAUUAG